CUACAUUCGAUCAGCGGCCCUUAAGCGAUGUCUUUAAUCAGGUCAUAAGAGUAGACAUAGGAAUACAGUAGCAAGUUGGAUGCCUGUGACGGGAAUCCAGGAAUCCUUCUCGGGCCACGGAGGAGCCUUUUGCACUUGCAGCCCGUGUGCCGUGUUCACACGUGACGUGACACGGGUUUUCCGAGCGGGCGCGGAAGCACAAGCACUGCAACCACAUCCCCCGUAGGCCGUGAAGGUUUCCCAUCCAUUGGCAUGCCAAGCCGAUUUUCGGUGCAAAUCCUGUUUGCAAAAGGCGGCCGAGGUAGGAUUGAUUUUGUCUCGCGGCUUUUGUUGCUACGCCCGGGGGCGGCUUGGGCGCGGGGCCUGGGUGAAUCUUCCAGCCUUUCCUCUGAGGGCGGGGCGCGGUUUGGCCACACAGGCGAGGAGGCGGCGGCGGCGGCUCGAUGCGGGGCGAGGAGGCGAGGCACGUUCAGCACCAAGAUCAGCAGCCCAGACCGCGCCGAAGCUAGAAACCCUGAAGAUAUGUUGCUAGGGGAAAUCUCCAAAGACCUCUUGACCAGGCCACUGACACGGAAUGAAGUAUUCACUGUUCUUCUCCGUCUGACCAUCUUUGGGGCUGCCACUUACUUCAGCAUAAAAUGGGUAUCGGAUGCCCUGGAUCCAACCCGGAAGCAAAGGACACAGCUAAAGAAAAAGGCAGAAUGCUUGUUGAAGCAGAUCGGAGUGGAAGGAGUGAAGCUGAGUGAACAUGAGAUGAACAUUGCAGCUCUCUUGGUGGAUCCAAAGGACAUAAAGGUCACCUGGAAGGACAUUGCAGGCUUGGAUGAGGUGGUGAGUGAACUCCGGGACACGGUGAUCCUGCCUUUCCAGUGGAGGCACUUGUUUCAUCACUCCAGGCUCUGCCAGCCUCCAAGAGGUGUCUUACUCUAUGGCCCUCCGGGUUGCGGCAAAACCCUUCUCGCCAAAGCAACGGCCCAGGCAUCUGGAUGCAGGUUCAUAAACCUGCAAGCAUCAACCCUGACAGACAAAUGGUACGGAGAAUCACAGAAGCUCACAGCUGCAGUUUUCUCACUGGCAAGCAAGAUCCAACCCUGCAUCAUCUUUAUAGAUGAAAUAGAUGCCUUCCUGAGGAACCGCUCAGAUGCUGAUCACGAAGCCACCGCUAUGAUGAAGGCAGAGUUCAUGAGCCUUUGGGAUGGGCUGGAAACAGAACCCAAUUGCCAGGUCAUGGUGCUAGGAGCGAGCAAUAGGCCCCAAGAUGUGGAUCCUGCCAUCCUGAGGAGGAUGCCCACAACCUUCCAGAUUGGCCUGCCUACACAAAGGCAACGGCAGGAUAUUCUGAGGCUCAUCCUUGCUGGAGAAAACAUGAGCAAUGCUGUGAACCUGAAGGAGCUGGCUGAGAAAACAGGUGGUUAUUCAGGCAGUGACCUACGGGAAUUGUGCCGGGACGCUGCCACAUACCGUGUGCGUGAUUAUGUCCGAAAGCAACAGAUGAAGCAGAUUGCCUGGAUGUUCCAAGAGGAAGACAGUGACAGUGAUGAGGAAGAGAAACGGUUGCGGCCACUGACCCAGCUUGACUUGUUGAUUGCCCUGGAGAAGAUGAGGGAGUCCAAGGGUGCCUCAACGGCCACGCCAGCACUGAAGGAACCAGCUUUGGACUGACCUGCCAGCCCUCAUAGCCUGGACACCGAAGAUAAUCAACCAAGUUGUGGGGGUGAUGGGGUGAAGGUCACACCGACAAUUAUUGGCAUUUCCCCUAGACUAGAAGCAAAAGCUGUUGGGGAAGGCAAUGGAGGAACUUGAAUAUAUGUCAAAAAAGUAGCUUAAGGAAUUAACCAAGUGGAAGGUUGUUCACUUCUGUUUCAUACGUGGGGGAAAUGUCACAGGUUUUCCACAGGUUGCAGGGCAGGAAGUCUUGCCAGACAAGCGAAGCGAAGCAACCCAAUAAAGCAGCCUCACAGAAUUUGGAGAUUUAUUGUCUGGUUGAGUAGCAAACUGUACUUAUAAAAGCAAUCUAAUAAUCAAAAUGGGCAUUAAAAACAAAUGCAGCAAGAA